CAGCAGGACGGACAGCUUCUCAUCUGGUUGCUGCACCAGGGAAACCGGAUCCUGGUUAAAAGUUUGUCCCUUGACCCUGGCCAGAGCCUUGAGCCUCAUCCAGAAGGUCCUCAGCGGCUUCGCUCAGACCCAGGCCCCCCCACUGAAAUCCCUAGCCAGCGUCCUUCACCACUGAAGCGGGCACCGGGCCCAAAGCCGCAGGUUCCCCCAAAGCCCAGCUACCUGCAGAUGCCCCGGAUGCUUCCCCCACCUGAGCCCAUCCCUCCUCCACCAUCACGCCCACUGCCUGCAGACCCUCGAGUGGCCAAAGGUCUGGCUCCCAGGGCAGAAGCCAGCCCCAGUUCUGCAGCUGUAUCUUCACUGAUUGAGAAGUUUGAACGAGAACCUGUGAUUGUCACCACCGAUAGGCCAACCCCUGGCCCCUGUCCCGGACCCCCAGAGCCAGCUAUGUUGCCACAGCCACCCCUGCAGCCCCCAGUGUCCCAGCUUCCUGAGGGUGAGGCCUCCCGCUGCCUGUUCCUGUUGGCUCCUGGGCCCCGGGAUGGUGAGAAGGUACCCAACCGAGACAGUGGCAUUGACAGCAUCAGCUCACCAUCCAACAGUGAAGAGACCUGCUUCGUCAGUGAUGAUGGGGCCCCCAGUCACAGCCUCUGUCCUGGGCCCCCUGCCUUGGCCAGUAUGCCUGUUGCUUUGGCCGAUCCCCACCGGCCUGGCUCUCAGGAGGUUGACAGUGACCUGGAGGAGGAAGAGGACGAGGAGGAGGAGGAAGAAGAGGAGGAAGAGGAAGUGAAAGACAGAGAAAUCCCAGUGUCCCCAAUGGAGAGACAGGAGUCCGUGGAGCUGACUGUGCAGCAGAAGGUAUUCCACAUUGCCAAUGAACUCCUGCAAACUGAGAAGGCCUAUGUUUCUAGACUUCAUCUUCUGGAUCAGGUGUUUUGUGCCCGGCUGUUGGAAGAAGCUCGGAACCGCAGUUCCUUCCCUGCUGAUGUGGUCCACGGCAUCUUCUCAAAUAUCUGCUCCAUCUAUUGCUUCCAUCAACAGUUCUUGCUGCCAGAGCUGGAGAAGCGUAUGGAGGAAUGGGACCGCUACCCACGCAUUGGAGACAUCUUGCAGAAGCUGGCCCCCUUCCUCAAGAUGUAUGGCGAGUAUGUGAAAAACUUUGACCGGGCUGUAGAGCUGGUUAACACCUGGACAGAGCGCUCCACCCAGUUUAAAGUCAUCAUCCAUGAGGUGCAGAAGGAAGAAGCCUGUGGCAACCUGACACUGCAGCACCACAUGCUGGAGCCUGUGCAGCGCAUCCCACGCUAUGAGCUGCUUCUCAAGGACUAUCUGUUAAAGCUGCCUCAUGGCUCCCCGGACAGCAAGGAUGCCCAAAAGUCUCUGGAGCUGAUAGCCACAGCGGCAGAGCACUCUAAUGCUGCCAUUCGCAAGAUGGAGCGAAUGCAUAAGCUGCUGAAGGUAUAUGAGCUGCUAGGAGGUGAGGAGGACAUUGUCAGCCCAACCAAAGAGCUCAUAAAAGAAGGCCACAUCCUGAAGCUCUCAGCAAAGAAUGGGACCACUCAAGACCGAUACCUCAUACUAUUCAAUGACCGCCUCCUUUACUGCGUGCCCAGGCUGCGGCUGCUUGGCCAGAAGUUUAGCGUGCGGGCACGCAUCGAUGUAGAUGGCAUGGAGCUAAAGGAAAGCUCCAACUUCAACCUUCCUCGGACCUUCCUGGUAUCAGGAAAGCAGCGCUCCCUGGAGCUCCAGGCCAGGACUGAGGAGGAGAAGAAAGAUUGGGUCCAGGCCAUCAACUCCACCCUCUUAAAGCAUGAACAGACCCUGGAGACCUUCAAACUGUUGAACUCAACAAACAGGGAAGAUGAAGAUACCCCACCCAACUCACCAAACGUGGACCUUGGGAAGAGAGCACCCACGCCCAUCCGGGAAAAGGAAGUCACCAUGUGCAUGCGCUGCCAGGAGCCUUUCAACUCCAUCACCAAACGCAGGCACCACUGCAAGGCUUGUGGGCAUGUGGUUUGUGGGAAGUGCUCUGAGUUCCGGGCCCGCCUCAUCUAUGACAAUAACCGCUCCAAUCGUGUGUGCACUGAUUGCUAUGUGGCCUUGCAUGGGGUGCCCGGGAGCAGUCCAGCCUGCAACCAACAUACACCCCAGCGCAGGAGGUCUAUCCUGGAGAAACAGGCCUCGGUAGCUGCUGAGAACAGCGUCAUCUGCAGCUUCCUGCACUACAUGGAAAAGGGCGGGAAAGGAUGGCACAAGGCAUGGUUCGUGGUCCCUGAGAAUGAACCUUUGGUGCUGUACAUCUAUGGAGCCCCUCAGGAUGUGAAAGCCCAGCGCAGCCUGCCCCUCAUUGGCUUUGAGGUGGGACCUCCUGAGGCAGGGGAGCGGCCUGACAGAAGGCAUGUCUUCAAGAUAACCCAGAGCCACCUAAGCUGGUACUUCAGUCCCGAGACAGAGGAGCUUCAGCGGCGCUGGAUGGCUGUGCUGGGCCGGGCAGGCCGUGGGGAUACGUUCUGCCCUGGGCCCACACUGUCUGAGGACAGGGAGAUGGAGGCACCAGUGGCUGCAUCAGGAGCCACUUCUGAGUCCCCUGAAGCCCCCCAGACCCGAGACAAGACCUAGAGGGUUUAGGGGGGGAAUUGGGAGCCCCCACCCCACACUCUAGCUGCCCAUGUCCAACUGGGGACUCCAGCCCCCUCCCCUCCCAGCUCAGUCAAUACUUGAACUCCCAUUACGGGCACUUUCAAUCCCGAAUGCUGGGUUUUGGGUUUUUUUUUAAAUUCAUCUUUUCACAAAAUGUGGGCUUUUAAACACAAAUAUUCCUACAGUGAUAUUAAUUAUUUUUUAAAAAAAAUCCCUGUCCCCAGGGAGGUUGGGAGCUAUUGCUAGACCCACCUGAAUUCAAUUAUUUACACCCCAUCCCAAACACCCCAAAAAUCUUGCCUCCACCCAAUCCCCCCCCCCAAACAAAAGCACCAGAGGCAGGAAACAUGAAUUCAAGUGCCAGCUCUGCCACAAACCCUGGGGCCCGACCCACUCCCACCUCUUCAGCCAGUGUCUUCACAUUUUUGACUCCACGUGGGAUGGUGACUAAACCCCCUCCUGCCUCUUCCACAGCUUAUAGCUUCCUGGCCCCAAGGCUACCCAGGAUUUUAACGUCCAGACCCAUGGCAGGGCCACUGGGCAGGACAGGGGAACAGGGGUGGGGGGAGGACAAUGGAUACUCUUUGUUUUGUUUUUUAAAGAAAAAUACAGUUUAUUUCAGGCUUACAGUAA